AAGCUUAGUGCCCGCUCUCAGGCCGCGCAAUUAGCACUGAUAACGAGAUAACACAUACAAACAUCUGAUAACACCAGCAACUAUGUGGAAUGAGCAAUUACGAAACACUGGCCGGGAAAAUUUGUGAACAAGUCGAUUAAAACUCAUCCAUGUGAUCGCAUUGUGAAAUGUUUUGUUAGUGAAGUGUUCAAGUGAGAAAUAAUUCAAAUAGUUUAAUAUGUGAAUGAUAAUUUUGAUGAUUCAACAUAUGUUUAAUAAGUAUAAAUAAAUACAUUCAAAAUGGACGAAGACAAUGACAAAAAUAUAGAAUUUGAACAAUUAAAUCUGUUGUACGAUGAAUGUUUGGGAUAUCUUUCUAAAGUGAACGAGACGGUAAACGGAGAAAGAGUUCAAUUAUUGAACAAAUAUGAAGCCGAAGAACCCGAUGAAAACCAACCAGUAACAGUGGAAAAUGAAGGCGGUGAUAACGGAAUAGACUAUCGACAUGAAAUUAUAACGGAUGUUAUUAAAGAGGAACCAAAUUCAGAAACAAGUAGUAAUGAAGAAGAGAUCGAUUAUGAUUGCAUUGUGGAACUAAAAGGCGAAUCUGUUGUGAAAGUAACAAAUAAAUUACCUAGAAACAAAAGUGAUUAUGAAUAUAUAGAAAAUAAUCGUCGUGAACCACUAUAUGCUACUAUAAGUAAACAUAAUAACCAAACAAUUAGCAAUGAUCAAACUGAAAUCGCGAAUGAUAUAGAUCCCGGAUAUGAGACGAUCAAAGAAUCAAAUAAACACAUAUACGAAACGAAAAACGAAGCAGUAGAUAGAUCAAAAAUACAUUUCAAAAUAGAAAAUGAGAUAUCGGGAAGUUCGACGUCGUUGCCUGGUGAUGUAAAGUCCGAAAGACUCAGAAGGCUCUCACAGCAAUUACCGAAGAUAAUCAUUACACAAAGCAACUCAAGUCUGAAUAAACAGGCCAAUGAAGUGGCAUUCAGUCAAAUUAAAGAGGUGUCGAAGGACAAAACGAAGCCAACGCUGAACAGGAAACUGAAAAAACCGUCACCGUACCGAGGAUACGCCGCGGACUAUCCCAAGCGGCUCGUCUCCAAAUGUGGAAUGGAGAAUGUGGCCCUCAUAUCCAAUGUUCCAUUCGAGAGGAUUCGCUUACUGAAUGACACAUUCCAUACUUUGAUUAACCUAAGAUGGCGGUGGAUAGUCAUCGGUACAGUGGUCGUCCAUUUUGCAAUGUGGCUGCUGUUUGCGGUCUUCUGGUAUAUAACCGCGUUGGCCCACUACGACUUCGAGCCGAACCCACCCAAACGCACCUGCAUCACGGGGGGAAAUGAUUUUGUUACAAUAUUCUUAGCAUCUGUUGAAGCUCAGACCACAAUUGGCUUCGGUGAUCGCGCCAUAGACGAAGAAUGUCCCGAAUCAAUAAUUCUAUUCAUAAUACAGCUUAUACUAGGUACAGGGUUGUCCGGAGUCCUAACAUGCGUUGUUUACGCUAAAAUCACAAGACCAGAGAAACUGUCACGAGAUGGCGUUGGUUUCAGUAAGAAAGCUGUUAUCAGCAUGCGCGACGGUCAACUGUGCCUAAUGAUGAGAGCCUGGGACCUCAACUACGACCACAUCAUCAGCUCCGAAUUCACUGCCCACUUCAUCAACACCUACAGAACAAAGGAAGGUGAGACGAUACGGUUCUACGCCCAGACCCUGCCCAUCCAACAACGUCAGUUCCUGCUGUGGCCGGUCACAUUGGUCCACGUGAUCAACUGUGAAAGCCCUCUGUAUGGGCUCUCUCCAGACCAGAUCGCCAAUAACAAUUACGAAAUUACCCUUAGUCUAAAAGGCGCCUCGGCUUCGAUGGGCACGUUCACUCAGAGUCAAACAUCGUACCUUCCGAAAGAGCUACUGUGGGGACAUCGGUUUCUACCCGUCGUGAGAUAUGAUAAUCGCAAACUGAAAUACGUGAUAGACCACAGCAAAUUGAACAGUACGGAACCCGUGGAGACACCAUAUUGCAGUGCCCGCCAGCUAGAUAGCAUAUCCCAAGGGAAAGCUGAGCCAGAUCAUCGAGCCAGCUCUCCGAGCAGCUUCAGCGACCGGAUCUCCACCUUCCAGCUGGAGAGGACCUCGUCCUUUAAAAGAAAAUCCAAUAAAUCAUGAAGACGAAUGUUCAGACGCAGCUUCUAUUCGCCCAGAACUUUUAGCAUUUAAUAAAAAUCUCUUAACUUGAAAAUAGUUGAAAGUACCGUGGGCUAAAGUUUAUAUAACCCGAACUUGUAGACUACAAAGAUCGUGAUUUCCAAUCUGCUGGCACCAUUUAUAUUUCCGAAACUUUUCGGUUCGGAAAAUACCGGUAAUAAAAUAAAUGAAUCCGAACAGCAGCGGUGAGCUUGCGUUAGAUUCUAAUAUGCUCUGUAUAAUGACUGCGUGGGCCUGUGUCCAGCAGACAGAUAAUGGCUGAAAUAAUGAAAUUAAUGUGAGCAUGUCCAGGGUUAUAUUCUCUACAAGCGCUCUACAAGUCUACAAAUAAUUUUUACUACUAUUAGAGCGGUUAUUUUAAUAUAAACAUGUUUGUUAUUGAAAAUGCUGUGUCUGCUAUGUAGCCUUUAUAUCUAUAAAUUACUUUUUUACGACAAUGUAAUAAAGUUUUAGUUAAUUCAAUAACUGUUAUUUCUCUAUAAUAAAAUAAUGUAAUAGUGAAAUUUUCUUUGUAAAUAAUUUAUUAUGUAAUUUUAAUAGAGAAUCUAAUGUAAUGUUAAAAAUAAAGUUAUAUUCUU